UGUUUCCAAACAGGCAUGGCUGUGGCCUCCUCACCUUAGGGGCCAGAGUUGUGCUUGAGCAACAAGCAGCUGCAAUCGUUGAGUGAUUUUCACAAGCCAUCUGUGGCUGGCAUAAGGGAAGUCUGGCUGGCUGCUUGAUUGACAGUCCUUCGCUCAAGGCAUGCAGGACACCAGGGAAGAGUCUAACAGCUAGCUGUCAAUUAGGGAUUCAAAUCACCGCCCCCUAAUGUCUUCACAGGAAAACUAACAUCAGAAGGAAUGCUUAUAUUAGUAAUUUACUGUUCACAGUCAUCGUGACUCAAACAAUAUGUAGCAGUUAUUCACACCUGUCAAGCAGUCCCCAGUCUCUCAGUAUCUCAGAUGCCAUCCCUGAUACAGCUUAGAAGACCUGAGCCUGGAGUUGGCUAAGCCGCAGAGUGCCCAGGGAGUUGUGUUGAUCCAUGCAAAAGACAGAUCUCUGGUGGUCUAUGGCAGGGGACACUCGGGUCCACCCCAGUCAGUGUGGGGUCCUCAGAACUGGUAAAACUCUGAGGUUCCUACCUAUACUGUUUUUUUUUCUUCUUGGGCCAGGAGCAGCCCAUGAAGACCACCAUCCAAGACAGGAAUCUAGACCCACCAGGAAUCUACGUCAUCAGUCCCUCAUCACUCUGAAUCUACUUUCUGCUCUGGAAGCUGCAAUUCUGGUUCCUUUGUAGACUUUAAACAAUGCAGUUAGUGGGGAUAAAGCUGUCUAUAUGUUUCUAGUGUUCCUGCCUUCACUAUGUGUGCAAGGGAGAGCAUUAAGACAUUAUCCAUCAGUCUGUGACCUACUGGGUCUUAACCCAAGCCUCCAUCACACUGACGCUACUGAGAAUGAAUACAAAGGCAUCUUGGUUCCCUCAGAUGACCUUGAGUGUUUUGGCUCAUGAGUAUCAGGCAGCUAUGGAAGACUUUCAGGGAUCCAGAACAUAUGUGCUCUCAAGUUCUGGCAGGAGGCAGGGCGCCUGUCUGUCAGUAGGAGAAAGUCACAGAAGGGAAGCCAGAGACUUCCACUCAGAGGCUGGAACCCGCCUCUUAUUCCUUGCCUGACAGGCACUGGCUCUGUGCCUUCCUACCUGGAUGAUGACCCCAUGUGGAGAGCAAGUCCUGGGCCUAGGGGCAUAAAGACCUUUGGAAGGGCAUUGCAUCCCCUGCUGGUUGCUGGCUCAGUCUGAGGUCCCAGGAUAGGCAGCCAAGCUAGGAGCCUCCAUGGUCCAAGUUAAGCGAACAUGGCUAUUCUGUGGGAGAGCAGGAGAGCUUCAGGGCAGAGGGCACACAGUGAAUGCCACCGAAAACUAGCUUAGUGACUGAAGUUCUUACUAAUUUGUGCUGAAGGCACAGACAAUAGGAACGUCUGAGGCAGGGGAAUUGCGUGAUUAAAGGCUCAGGACCAGGUAAUAGCAAUCAGAGGGAGCCCUUCUGGGUGCCAUGGUGACUCUGGCCUGGUCCCCUCUCUCAGAGUUUCUACCAGUUCCGCUAAUCUGCAAGGCCAAGCAGAAACCCCUGAGAAUGCUGUAGGGCUGACCGCUAGCCUCAUGAGACAGUGCGGUUCAGCGACCCGUGACUGUGAGCUCUGAACGAGAUAAUCAAGAAUUAGGGUGACCUAAAUCCACUAACAGGAUUGAGUUACAGGCAGUCAGAGAGGCUUUGGGGCUGAGGAGAGACUAGGUAAAGACAGGCAGAACUUUGGUAAGGACACCAUGGGUAGAGAGCCUUGGGGGCAGUAUGGCUCUGGUCUAGCUUCACAUCCUCCAGCCUCCAGAACGGAGGGGAACGGAAGUGAGGUGCUGAAGGCCAGGUUGGAGGGCUUUGUAACAGAAGCCCCAGGCAGCUCCUGCCAGUGCUCUGAGGAAGAGAAGGCCAGGAAGGAGAGGGUAUGGACAGCACAUCUAGAAGGACACCUCAGUAACCUGACUGAACCCUGAGUCAAAAGGUUGGACCUACAGGAGACCCAGGGGCAAAGUUCCCAACAGAACAGCAGGUGCCGGGCUCAUGGGGCUGACUUGGUGCACACAGGGUGGAACAGGUCUGAAAUCCUGCUCUUUCUCGCGUUCUGACACCCCCCUCCCCGCCCCAGUAACUGCCGGGUGGCCCUUGCAGUUCUCCAGAUUCAGACAACAGAUCAACGGUGAUUAUGAGGAGGGUUGGGAAGAAGCAUAUGACUCUUGGAAUUCUGCCCACACGAACCUCGGACAGUGUGGAGGCUUGUCACUUCCCCCGAGUUCCUAAUUAUCCCUCAGCUUCUUUGGACUCCAAACAGUGGCUGACACUUUGGAAUGGCCUGUGGCCUGUUGAUCUCUUGAAGUCUUAACAAGCCGUUAUACAAAACACCGACAUUCUCCUUGCCAGCUGGCUGUGGGCAUAACUCAGAAGGACCUGGUCCUUUGUGCCAAGUUCCCCAAGGACCCUGCAUGUGGGUGUAUAAAGGGAAGUCAAGUGAGGGCCGGUACAGCCUUUCAGCUCCAGCAAUCUGUUCAUUGGCUAUGAACACAGACCCCGGAGAUGAAGGCUCUGCUCCUGACCACAGGCUUCUUCCUGCUUGCUGCCCUGAGGGCCCAGAACUCCUCAUCCCUUGCUUUGAAUAACAGGCAAUUUUCUGGGAAGUGGUACAUGAAGGCCUUGGUGAUGAAAGACAACAUUCCAAUAAAGAAGGUCUAGCCCAUAUUUGUGUUGGUGCUGGACAACGGUGACUUGGAGUUUUCUUUCGCACAUACGAUGCAUGGCCAGUGUCUUGAAUUGGCCACCAUCUUGGAGCAAACAGAUGUGCCCAGCCAUUACUCAGCCUUUGAGGGGAAGAGCCAACUGGAGGUGCAGCUGUCUUCUGUGAAGGACCAUUGGCUGAUCUACUGUGAUGGGGAGAUGGAGGGCAUGCACUUCACAACCACUCAGCUCAUAGGAAAGGACCCCAAGGAAAACCUGGAGGCCUUGGAAGAAUUUAAGGCGUUCACACAGAAAAAGGGGCUUGUACCAGAGAACCUGGCCAUACUUGAGCAGAUGGACAAAUGUGAACCCAAGAGUGACUAGGAUCAUGGUGAACCAAGCUCCAAAGCCGCCCAAGACAGUACCGCCAGAACCUCUGUCCUGCGUGAUGUGGAAAGUGUACCCUGCUGGGCCAUCUGACUUCUCCUCUCUCUUCCCUAUUCUCUCCUCCUCCUCCUCCUCCUCCUCCUCCU